CAAAAGUCCUCACCGGUUUGACAGCGAACGAGUGAAUUGGACCUGUUUUCUUCUCUGAAUUGGGGAAUUGUUAAUUUAAGAUCUUCGCAUAAAUUAAAAAUAAAUUGGUUAACUAGCAUUCAGGCAUAUUAUAAUCAAACAUGGCUGUCUACAAAUUAGUGUUGAUUCGCCACGGAGAGAGCAACUGGAACCAAGAGAAUCGGUUCUGCGGCUGGUUCGAUGCAGAUUUGAGUGAAACAGGGGAGAAGGAGGCGAAGAGAGGUGGACAGGCCCUGAAAGAUGCCGGCUUUGAGUUUGACAUUUGCUACACCUCCGUGCUGAAGCGAGCCACUAGGACACUUUGGCUGGUCCUGGACAGCAUUGACCAGAUGUGGGUGCCGGUGCAUCGGACCUGGCGUCUCAAUGAGCGCCACUACGGAGGCCUGACAGGGCUGAACAAGGCAGAGACAGCCGCCAAGCACGGAGAGGCUCAGGUGAAGAUCUGGAGGCGCUCGUUUGAUACCCCUCCUCCCCCCAUGGGCCCAGACCAUGACUACUACAGUAUCAUCAGCAAGGAUCGUCGCUAUGCAGACCUGACCGAGGACCAGCUUCCUUCCUGCGAGAGCCUUAAGGAUACCAUCGCACGGGCACUGCCCUUCUGGAACGAAGAGAUCGCCCCUCAAAUCAAACAGGGAAAGAGGGUGCUCAUCGCUGCCCAUGGAAACAGUCUGAGGGGGAUUGUUAAGCACCUGGAGGGAAUGUCAGAUGAAGCCAUCAUGGAGCUGAACCUGCCAACGGGCAUCCCCAUCCUCUACGAGCUCGACAAGAACCUGAAGCCUGUGAAGCCGAUGCAGUUCCUGGGAGACGAGGAGACUGUACGCAAAGCCAUGGAGGCUGUGGCUGCUCAAGGAAAGGCCAAGAAGUAAAGACACAGAAAAGCCAUCUCUGUGUAUGACAGAGUAGGUUGUCCCACACGACUGACCGAUUAGUGUUUUUCCUAAAUCCUAAUUUAUUUUGGAUUCUCAUAUGUGGUGAGUACACUGUAGAUUGUUGUCAAAGGCAACCUCACUCUACUUGCACAGUCAGGGAUAGUAGAUGGUGAACGAUUGAGAUAUAGAGCCACAGCUCUCAAGAGAUUGUAAAUAUUUUUUGCUAAAAUGUGUUAUUAAUAUAACAACCUUUUAAGAAGGGAGCAUUGAACUGAAAUUGAUAGCAUUGCUGAUAAAGGCAGUGUAUUAUCUGUGUAGUAAAGAUCCCUAUGUACUACUGUGUACUACAUUAAGCUGUGGUGUCCUAGACAGGGAUGUUGAAUGUCAGGUUAAAUGGUAAUUAAACCAAUUACAGAAAAAGGAGUGAAAUUCUGGCUGUGGUCACUCUUCCACAGUCAGUAAUAAAAAUCCAAGCCACAGCACGUAUAUUGAUGCUACACACACACACACACACACACACACACACACACACACACACACACACACACACACACACACACACACACACACACCUAAGAUAAAGAGUGGGAAAUGAGAGUGAGACAUGACCCUUCUUGUUGUGGCUACACACACACACACACACACACACCUAAGAUAAAGAGUGGGAAAUGAGAGUGAGACAUGACCCUUCUUGUUGUGGCCUCGGUUUGCUGAUGGUGGUAAGGAAGUUAUACCACCUAUGUGUGUCUGAUCAUACUGACUUCAUCAUUACUUGCCCAGGACAAACUUAUUAUCUAGUAUUACAAUUUAAUUUAAAAAAAGACUUUAUGAGACUUUUUUUUUUUUUUUAAAUGAAAGGGACUGCAAAGGAUGGGCAACUUAUUUUCUAUCUCACUUCUCAUUGAUGAAUUUCAUUGAUGCAUUCCAUUGAUGAAGAGAUCUAAGUUUGCAAUCUCUUGAGAGCUGGAUGUGACAGUUAGAACAAUUAAACUAACAAUUUGCUAUCAGUAUUGCACUGUAUAAGUGAUAAAUCCAUUAUUUGGAUUAUAGCCCCCCAGUUUCACAGUGCCAUUUUGAAGCAUGAUUAAACAGAAGAUAAAAGGUCUACAUCUACACUUAUUAUUAUUUUUGUUACUCUGUUUUGCUGCCUUUGGACUGUCUUUGCCAAUUGGUGUGCUUGGUGUCAUAUUUAUGUGCCUCCAGCUCCUAUUCCUACAGUCUACUAGGAUUUUGUUCAAAAUGUCCCAUUUUGUCUUACACUAUUGACAUUUUUAUUUUUUAAAUGUAAUCCCCUCUGUGGUGUUUAAAUGUACCCUGAAAGCUCUGACGGUAAUAAAUAUACAAAUCUAA